AUGACACUGCGCACCCCCCGCCGCCGGAUCUCGCCACGUGCCAAGCGAAGAUACCGCGUCAUUCGCGACUUCUUCCGGCGAGCUCUCGGAAGCUCGUCUCAACAAGAUAUUAAAAUAAACUCAAGCAUAGCCGUCAACGUCACAGAUCUUAAGCAUAAAAUAGUGGGGAUCGAACACCAGCUGAGCGAGGUCAGCAGACAUUGCCAGGACUUGGUAUGUCUGGAGAACACCUUUAGAAAGGGAACCGAAAACUUGUUGCCAAUAGAAACCAAACAUGAGCUAAGACCCUCGCGCGAGCACUCACACAGAACCACAGAGGAAAAAAAUACCAGCGCUACUAAAGUAUUAUACAGACCAUCCGAAACCCACUACAGAAGAUCUGACGAAAGCGAUUAUGCCCCCUGUCCCGUUUAUCAUAGCACUGAAGACAGACGACAUAUGACAUUACCGAAUAAUAUGAACUCUGACAGCUACACAGCACACGUUUCCAAAGUAAAGAAGAAGAAAAGCAAAUCGGACAACAGAAUACGGACACCGUAUGAAUGCGACCCAAUUUUGCAAAAACAUAGGACACAGUCGGUGCUUGAGAACCUGGCAUCCGCAUGCUCGUCGAGCAGCUACCACUCGCUGGCGCAGGGGCGCACCGUGCCCAACUUCGACUCGGGCUGCUCGGAAUACCGCCGCGACAAGAAGCAUGCCAAGCAUCGGGAAUAUGUGGAAACUGCGCUAAUAGAAGAGGCAAGAUAUAAUAAAAAACAAAGAGAAACUAAAAGAAACAAAACGGAAAGCCCUAUUAGAUACUAUGGUGAAAAACCUGAUAAAAACAGGAAGAACAAAAUUGAGCGUGAAACAUUAGACCAAGACUUUAUAGCAGAUAUAAUUAGAAAACAGUAUAAACCGAUGAGAAUGUUUGGCAGGCAGUCCGAGAUUAGUCAAUUCUCUACUCCAGUUUGCCGCGACCAGGAGUACUCCCUUCGAGAAAACAUUCAAGAAGGCUCGGAGCUGUGCUCAUGCUGUUACCAGGAGGAGGGCCAGGUGCCGUGCCGCGCGCCAUACCGGGCGCCUCGCUACCGACAUCACCACGAUAUUAGCGACAUAAGGAGCAUAUGUGAUACGCGCCUCUACAGCUCGAAGCGAGUACGACCUCGGACCCGUCGACGCCAUGUUGAUGUUUAUAAUGACUCGACACUCUACGACGUAGUCCCGGUGAAAGAAAAAUCGAGUCCUAAGUCCAGAAGAAAAUUCGCUGAAGAAAGCGGCACCGGUUACGAAUAUUAUAAAGAAGUACCACCUUCCCCACGAACGCUUAGACCACGCCUGAAUUUAAAAGCGCAACAAUACGCAGAUUACGAGGAUUAUAUAGCGGCGAGACAUACACAGAAGUUGCAUGGGCAAGCUAAACAUAAACGACAACAAGAGUAUUUCGACAGUUUCGAAAGCGAUGCAACUUCUGAAGUUGUAGUAACCAGAAAUCGUAAAGAACACGUAAAGUUAUUAAAACCAGCAAAAGUGCAAACGUCCGCUCAGAUCCACGCCGGUACCACAAGCAGCUUUCAGUAUCCUACUUUUACAACACACGAAGUGAACGUAUCCACCCAUGAAAAUACUUUGAACAAAUCACAUGAUACUGAUUUGUCAGAUAAAACGGACAAAGCUCUCUGUGAAAUAAAGGAUAUACUUCAAAGUUUCUUGCAAGAAAUUAAAAAAGAUUCUUCACCGUCGUCGCAAACGGUUAACCAGGCGGAGACAAUAAAACAAAUGUCGAAUCAGACGAGCGCACCACACGUAGAGGGCGCAACCGCGGCGGAGGCGGCGCCUGCGCCGGCGCCGGCUAACAACCCCUUUAACAAGUACACGGUGGCGCACUGCAGCGUGCCGCCCGGAUAUGUGCCGCAGUUCACCAACCCCUGCUGCUACCCGCCCAUACUCCCCGUGUGCCCGAUGAGCUGCAUGCAAAAUGGUUACGUUAUACCCAGUCAGAGCUUCACGUGUCAGACUUGUGCCAACACCAGCACCAAAGAUAUCGUAUGUCAGGAGUGCUCCAAAAACAAAAAAGAAUCUCUACAAGACAUCACAGAUAACAAUAAUGAAACUGAGGAACUGAUUAAAGAAAUUUAUAAAUUCGUCGCACAGAACCCUAAUUCCAUCCGAAGAAAAAAGAGCCGUGAUAAUUUGUUAGCUAGAGAUGCUGCGAAAGAUCUGACAUCGCGAAGUGUGGGCGGCAACUCCCGCCUGUCGAGACACGACGCGAAGGUCGGCACUCCAACGCUGAAAUGUUACUCCAAGAGCUGCGAGGCUAUCGGCUCGAGGAUGGCCUCCGACACUUCCUACACCAACGCCACUCAUUCUGACACUAUAUUAGAAAAGUUGAGCUUAGAAGGUACAACGCAGUCUGAUACGGAACUCAGUACUACUGACUUUACUGUGGAAAAGAGAAAGCAAAGCAAAUUCGCCAAAGUGCUUAGAUCAAUUGGAUUAAUCAAAAAGAAAAAGAAGGAAUCGGAAUUGAGUGAGACCGAAAGCUCCCUUGAAGUGGACAUAAGGCCUAAGAACGCGUCACCGUACGCGCAAGAAAUCACUGACUACUGCAUGUAUGGCCAGGAGUACUACCACCAGCCGCCAGGGCCCCCAUACCCGCCACCGGGUUCCCCAUAUCCGCCACAUUUAGACCCGUAUGGCGGCUACGUGCCGCCGCCGCCCGGCUGUGAGCACCGAGGCCCGUACUACGCACCGCCGAUGCCUCAUCCUCACCAUUCCAAAUCUUAUGCACCCCACAGAGUACAUAAUGAGACGAUUCACGAGCACUCCCCUGCCCACUUCCCACACUCGCGCAGCUUUCCUCCGCCGUAUCCCAACCAGUACAACCCUAACUAUGGCUCCGAUCCUCAAGUACCUCUGUGUCUGAAAGAGAUUGAAGUAAAAAGUACGGGUACACAGAGCGAGAGGAAAAUAUCGUUCUUCCGUAAACUGGGGAUCAAGACGCCGCCGCCGGCCGGCCCAGGUAAAAAUAAAGAAGUUUCGCGGAUGUCUGGUUCUACUCAAACCGCCCAAACAGCGCCAAGGGAGAUGGUGAAACCAUCAUUGUUUUCGGGUUGGAAAAAAUUCCAAGAGAGAGUACGUACGGACAUUGAACAAGAUCCAAUGGCUUUUGGCUACAAAACCAGUAAAAAGCUUGCAGCAGGAGAUACAAAGAUGAGGAAGGCAAUGGUUAAAAGAUUAUUCUACAAGAGGAAUCCGUUCUCGCCGCGGAACCUGAUCGUGAAGACGCUGCUGGGGAAUGACCCCUCCAGCUACGGCGAGCCCAACAUCAAGAUGCGGCCGCGGAUGUUCUUCUAG